ACGACGGUGCUGAAAGAACCACCGUGCAGGCCUCCUGUGUGUGUUUAUUGGUGAGUGUGUGUGUGUGUGUGUGUGUAGUUGACUAGAGGACAUGCCACCGAGGCUCUUGCGGACACAGACAUUUUCUUUUCCUCCGGGUUUUCCAUAAUCUGUUAGAUUAAGCCAGCCGACCGCCCUUUGGAUGGGACAAGACCACCUUUGUGCUUUUGCAUUUCAAGCCCCAUUGGCUGAUUGAGCACCGUCUUUCUUUCUUUUUCCCCCUUUUUAUUUAUUUGAAUCCUCCAAUCACGCCGAUUUCCCCUGUUUAUUCUCCGAUGAAAUGACAGCCGAGCUGCCUGAGCGCGGUCCGCGUAGCUGAAAGUCCGGCGACCUUCCACCUGCCGUGGAGAAAAGCGAAAUUCUCUGCAUCUCCAGUUGACAUUUGACGCAAAAUUGAACCCGUCGGAUGCAAGCAGAUCUGAGGACAAGUGGCGGAGAGGGUCGAACUACCUGUUAGCUUCCACGGGCUGCAGGAUUAUGCUCGCUUUUCAGCACGUUUGAUAUCCAAACGAAAAGACUGCUAUUUUCUUUCCAUUACGCAUAGAUUUGAAUUCGCAGAUGUGCAGCCCACCUUCUGACCUACUUUGUGCAACUUGGAAAUUAAACCAAGGGUCCUGAAGGUUUGCCUGCAUUACGCCGGGAUGAAGAAAAAGAGUGAUGUGCCAACAGUGACCCAGUGGAGAAGCCUCCAGUAAAACGCAGGAGAAUAAAGAGAGGGAAAGGACGAGCAGAACGUGCUGAAGAACCCGAGGUGUGUGCGUGAGUGUGCGCGAAGCCACAGAAGGUUAUGAGCGCGUCUCUUCACCUGGACCCCGGGCUGCUGCUGCUGCUGCUGGCCUGCUGGCAAACAACAGAGCUGGUGGGAGCAACUGUGCCAGCAGCCCCAGUGAAUGUAUCGGUGACCCAGCUGAGGGCACACUCAGCCAUGGUGACGUGGAACGUCCCUCAGGGAGAUGCUGUCAUUGGAUACGCUAUCUCACAGCAGAGGCAGGAUGGCCUGAUGCAGCGCUCCAUCCGAGAGGUGAACACGUCCAGCCGCUGGUGUGUGCUGUGGGACCUGGAUGAGGACACACACUACAGCAUCCAGGUGCAGUCUGUCGGGCUCCAUGGUGACAGCCCACCCAGUCGCGCUGUCCACUUCAGGACUCUGGAGAGGACUGACCACUAUCCAGCUGGAGUCCUAGACCACCAUGAACCAGCGAUGGAAGGUCUGGGUAUGACUCCUCGCCUACAGACAGGAGAGCUACUUAUUAUCACCACUGUGCUGCUGCUGUGGGCAGCUGUCAUCGCCCUCUUCUGCCGACAAUAUGACAUCAUCAAAGACAGCGACUCCAAUGGCACCAAGGAGAAAGCCAAGCGGCCGCUGGUCCGUGCGACCUCCUCCUAUUACAACACUUCAACUGGCAGCUCGCCCAUCUACCACAACAGAGCCGUACGCAGCAGCAGGCUUCACAGAGCCUCCUCCUCCAUCAGCAUCAUUAGAGUGUGAGUUUGGAUGUUGGUUCAGAGACUGACUGUCCAGCAGCACAGGAUGGGUGGAGCCGAUGAUAUGCAACAGCAGCUGACAUUUGCCUGAGAAACUACAGAGGGAUUAUUGUGACAAAUGGAGAAUUUAUAGACCUGCUAGCUGAGAGUCAUAUUCCUUGUAAAAUAUGGGCAAAGUGAGAAGCACCUCAUAGAAGUCAGAUUCAAAUCACGCUGUGGAUGAAAUGGAGGACUACUGCUCUCUAGUGGCAGAAGACUUUGGUGUUAAAAUGUCAUGGGCUUUUAGGGCUUUCCCAGCUGUUUGGAUCAGUGCACAUGAACAUGGAGAAACCAGUGCAAGAAGAUGUAUGCUGAACUGAUCUCCUUUUGAAAAAUAUGCCAGCAUGUCGGCCAAAUUUUGUUUGCCUCAAAUUCAUAGGCCAGGGAGUCUAAAUGUAAUAUUAACAAAUAUUUGAAUGUAUGUGAUGAUGAUGUUGGAGAAUGAGAAUGUACAAAAGUUUAAAAUGCUUAAAAUGUGACCUAAAAUGAAGAGUUAAAUGUCAUUAUUUUAAGUUGUUUACUAGCAUACGUAUUCAGAAUGUGUCAUUUCUGAUUCAAAAGUAAGUAGCUUGUUAGUUUAUAAUACCACAUGUACAGGUGACCUCAGAUUUCCAGUCACUAUGGUCAGUGUUUUACUGUUGGGUUUUUAUGUCAUUCAUACAGGUUGUACACAGUAGAGCAUUACUUCAUUACCCCAUGUGUACUGUACUCCACUACAUUUAUUAUAAAGAUCACAUUUUUUAGAGCAAUAGAAAAAACAUAGUCACCUUUAUCCAAUGAAAAUAUCUGCUCAGUACACUGGUCAACCCAAUUAUCAGUCAAACCUGUCUAAUAAUGUCAAUAAAUAAAGUAAUAGAAAUGAUAAUAUAUGUAAUGAUGCCAUAAUGUUGUUGGAUUUGAUACAUGCUAUCAGCAUUUUUUAUUUGUUUAUCUUAUUAUCAGCUUUCCUCCAUACCACAUAUAUUUUAAUUGUUUUGAAAGGACCUUGAGAGUAAAUGAGCAGAAGUUUACAGUUACUACUAUAUGAUUCCUAGGAGUACUUCCUAGAAAUACUCAUCUUUCAAAUCUUUUCAUUCAAAUGUGUGCAGUGUUACAUCUCUUCUCCCAUAACAUCAUUAGUGUCACUGAUCUAAGGAGCAUAACACAAAAUAAUUAUGAGAGUUAAAAUAUUACAGUGCUAAACACAGUGAAAGACAAAUGGUCCCUAAUAUUGUAGUAUUGAAGUGGAUAUCUGUCCAGCUCCACGAAUCCUCAGCAAUCUAUUAGUAUCAUGUUUUCCUGUUUUAUUAUGUUGUAAUGUUAUUUUUUUCGAAGUGUGUGUGUGUGUGUGUGUGUCUUAUCUAAUAGCAUCUGACCUCCUCACAUAUGAGGCAACAGAACAUGACUUGUUGAUGUCGCUCAUUGCUUAUGAUAUAAUUUUUAAAAACGCGUUUACUCGAUUUCACUUUCCUCAUCAUAUUUCUUUGCAUGAAAUGAUGGGCUUUUUGUCUUUUCAUGCUCCAGCAGGCAAAACCUUUCACACACCUGGCUAUAAGCCUAAGACAGAGCUUUUCAAUGUGAUGAAUCUUGAAAUCCAGCAGCCAAAGGAAAAAUUAAUAAAUGAGGCCUACAGUUGCUUCAGAAAGUAAAUUUACUGUGUUGUAAAUUUAAUUUGAAAUGAAAAAAAUUGCGAUUUUUAAUGUAGUAGAAAGUGAAGAGGUUUGAAUACUUUCUGAAGAAACUGCUUAUGGAAUCCAUAACAGUUGAAAGCUUGACAUAGUAUGUUGACAACUGCAUGGACUAUUGUGCAUGAGGUGUUAAAUCAUUCUCAGAUGUUUUGGAAUA